CCUCCUCUGGUUUUUCCUGUGACGUAGCGCUAGCUCCCGAUGCUACACGCGGGAAACAGGCGAAGCUGCUCCACACAGUCAUAAGCAUCAGUAGCCGAAAUGGGAGACACGCUGGAGUUUAACGAGAUCUACCAGGAAGUUAAAGGCUCCUGGAAUGAUGGGCGACUGCGUUUCAGCAAGCAAAAUGUGGUUUACAAGAGCAGCAAGACGGGGAAGGUGGACAGCAUCCCAGCUGGCGAGCUCAACAUGGCCCAGUGGAGACGAGUGUGCUUAGGUCACGGCAUCAAACUCGGCACCAGCACAGGACACAUCUACAAAUAUGACGGCUUCAGGGACACAGACUUUGAGAAGAUUUCUGAGUUUUUCAAGGCGAACUACAAGCUGGACCUGACAGAGAAGGACAUGUGUGUGAAGGGCUGGAACUGGGGAACAGCCAAGUUCUCUGGUCCGCUGCUAUCGUUCGAUGUCAAUGACAGCACAGCGUUCGAGAUCCCGCUGUCCAACGUGUCACAGUGCGCCACAGGGAAGAACGAAGUCACUCUGGAGUUUCACCAGAAUGACGACACAGAGGUCUCCCUCAUGGAGGUCCGAUUCUACGUUCCACCUAGCCAGGCCGAUGAACGACAAGACCCUGUGGAGGCAUUUGCCCAGAAUGUGUUGUCUAAGGCGGAUGUGAUCCAGGCUACUGGAGACGCUGUGUGUAUCUUCAAAGAGCUGCAGUGUCUUACACCUAGAGGAAGAUAUGACAUUCGUAUCUACCCGACGUUCCUUCACCUGCAUGGUAAGACUUUUGACUACAAGAUUCCCUACACCACCGUCCUCCGUCUCUUCCUGCUGCCACACAAGGAUCAGAGGCAGAUGUUCUUUGUGAUCAGUCUGGAUCCUCCCAUCAAGCAGGGUCAGACACGUUAUCACUUUCUCAUUCUGCUCUUCUCCAAAGAAGAGGAUAUCAACCUCACUCUUAACAUGAGCGAAGAGGAUGUGGAGCGUCGUUUUGAGGGUAAACUAAGUAAGAAUAUGUCUGGAUCUCUCUAUGAGAUGGUCAGCAGGGUGAUGAAGGCCCUGGUCAACCGCAAGAUCACUGUACCUGGAAACUUUCAAGGCCACUCCGGGGCUCAGUGCAUCACUUGCUCCUACAAGGCAUCUUCAGGCCUCCUCUAUCCCCUGGAAAGAGGCUUCAUCUACGUCCACAAGCCUCCUGUUCACCUGCGCUUUGAGGAGAUUUCCUGUGUCAACUUCGCCAGAGGCACCACCACGACACGUUCCUUUGACUUUGAGAUUGAAACCAAGCAGGGAAAUCAGUACACUUUCAGCAGCAUUGAGAGAGAGGAGUAUGGCAAACUGUUUGACUUUGUUAAUGCCAAGAAGCUCAACAUCAAGAACAGAGGGUUCAAAGAGGGCAUGAAGGGUAAGAUUGACGAGUACAGCGACUCAGACGAUGACCAGCAUGACGCCUACCUGGAGAGGAUGAAGGCUGAGGGCAAGAUCAGAGAGGAGGGCAACGACAGCGAUGAUUCGGAUGGCGGAAGUGAUGAGUCAUUUAACCCUGGAGAGGAAGAUGAUGACAUUGCAGAGGAGUACGACAGCAAUGCUUCAGCAAGCGACAGCAGUGAUGAAGGUGACGAAAGCGAAGAUGAGAGUGCGAAGAAGAAAAAAGUCAAAAAAGCCAAAGUGGUGAAGGAGAAAAAAGAAAGGAAGCCACGGAAAGAGAAGAAGCAGAAGGAUAGCGGUGGCCCCAAGAGGCCGAUGAGUGCCUACAUGCUUUGGCUCAACUCCAGCCGCGAGCGAAUCAAGUCAGAAAACCCCGGCAUCUCUAUCACAGAGAUCUCUAAGAAGGCCGGAGAGAUGUGGAGACAACUGGGCAAAGACGAGAAGGAGGAGUGGGAAACAAAAGCAGGCGAGGCGAAGCGGCAGUACGACAAAGCAAAGAAAGAGUACAAAGAGAGCGGCGGAGGAUCAACUUCCAGUUCCAAGAAAGAGAGUAAAAAAUCUGGAGGCAAAAAGGACGAGAAGAAGAGGAAGUCUGCCGGAGGAGACAAGGACAGGGAACGAGGAGGAGGCAACGACAGCUUCAAGAGCAAAGAAUUCAUCGAGACCAGCGAGGAGAGCUCAUCAGAUUCUGACCACAAGAGCAAGUCCAAGAGGAAGAAGGAAUCAGAAGAAGAGGAGGAGGAAGCAGUGUCCACACCUGCCAGCUCAGAGGAAGAAUCCGACUAAACACACACACGUUUACCGUUCAUACACACAAACCAAGGACCAAGCAUUUUUACUGUCCAUGUUGGUAUCACACUGACAGACAAAUCAACAGACUUGAGUUGCAUUUUUCUUUUCUACGUUUAGUUUUGAGAGCACAAACAUCCUUUGACUGACUCUGAAAACUCAUGUCGUAUGUGAUAUCUGAGCGGGAUUUCUACUGGCAGUUCAGUGAAGUGACAGUAUACUGGUGUACCAUUUGAAUUCUUCAAGGGUUUUCCAUCUAAUCCAUGGGAAUGGUCCUUUUUAGUUAAAUAGCACUGAGGGUUGUAGGAGUUGUUAGUUGGUAAAUGUGGGUGGAGCAGAUACGAAGCCAUUUCGCUCCUUUGGUGUAGAGCAUUUUAAAAACGGCAAUUGAGUGGGUUUUUUGUUUGUUUUGCAAUGUCAUGUUUUCAGGCUAAAAUAAAUAAAUGAAUCGUUUUCAGUAAA